AUGGCUAAACUAAAGACAAGCUGUCGGAUCAUCAUCUACUCGACCACGCUGGUGCUACUAGUGUUCCUGCAGCAGGUUUACACCUUCUGCCCAUCGAUAUGUACGUGCGAGGGUGAUCCGAACGUGCGCACCUGGUGCAUCGGGGCCGGGCUGGAUGUGGUACCGAUCCAGCUCAAUCCGGACGUGCGCUACAUCAACCUCACCGCGAACCGGAUCACCAACGUGCACUUCACGCUCACCUUCUACUACAAGCUGGAGGUGCUCGAUCUCGCCGGCAACCGCAUCGAGGCGCUCGGUUCGCGCAACUUCGACACACAGCAAGCCCUCCGGACGCUCAAUCUCAGCGAUAACGCAAUCGCCACCAUCCCGAAGGACGCCUUCCGUGGGCUGCAGCGGCUUCAAACGCUGAAGCUGUGCGGGAACCGUAUCGAAACGAUACACCCGGCUGCCUUCCACGAUUUGCGCAAUCUCAUUGAGCUUGACCUUGCGGGCAACGCGAUCACCAGCCUGGAGCCGGGCACGCUGCGACAUCUCUACUCGCUCGAGGUACUCUCGUUCCAAAACAACCAGCUGCUGGAGAUACCGUACGAGCGCAAUCUCGAGCAUCUCGGCCAACGGUUGCAGCUACUCGAUUUGUCCGUCAAUCUGCUGGAAUACAUCGCAAACGAUAGCUUUGUAGCGUUGCGGGAGCUACGUACGCUCAAACUUGGCGGCAACAUUCUGACCGAGCUGGAUUACGGCGCCUUCCAUGGGCUUAGCGGACUCAGGGCGCUCGACAUCGUUGACAAUAAUCUUACAGUUGUGCCAACACUGCAAUUAUCAAAAUUGUGUAAUUUAACAUAUUUAUCGCUGAGCGGCAACUACUUCGAAAGUCUACCGGCGGUGGCGUUUCUGAACCUGUUCCAGCUGCAGCAGCUUCACCUCAACCGGCUGGAUCGGCUGCAGCGCAUCGAUGCGAGGACGUUCGUGGACAAUGCGAACCUGCGGAUUCUCACCCUGGACGAUAAUCCAUCAUUUGCGAGCUUACCGCUGCGACUGUUUCACAGCAAUCCGAAUCUGGUUGAGGUUUCGAUGCGGCGCAACGCGCUAAUCCGUCUCGAUGCCGUACACUUUCCGCUCGACCGGUUGCAUCGGCUCGAGCUGGGCGGCAAUCCGCUCGUGUGCAAUUGCUCGCUCCUGUGGCUGUGGCGGCUCACGACCGGAUACGGACUGCACGAGGCCGACUUUCGGUUGAUUGUGCCGGCAGCGGCGGCCGCUGCUGCCCUCAUUACUGCCGCACAGCCGACCGCCGUACAGCAGGAGGAGGAGACGCUACUGGCCCGUACGCAUCAUGACGGUCCGCUGUACGUCGAUCGAGACGAGAUCGGGUGCGAUCGGUAUGAGGACGGUCGCAGAACGCGACACCUGCUGCGCGCCAUGACGGAGAGUGACAUCGACUGUCCGACGCAUCUUGUGACCGUCAUCAGUGCGGUGCUCAGCAUACUGCUAGUGCUCGCGACCGGUGCGAGUGUGCUGUACGUGCUGCGGUUAUCUAGACGACGCAAGCAGCUGCUUGCCGAUGACGAUGAUCCACGGCGCCGGUCCGGUGUUACGGAGCUGAUCGUGCCCCAUCCGCAGAAGGUGGACAAGCUCGAGCUGGAGCGUUACCUAGCGCAGCAGCAAUCGCUGGUACAUGAGUAUCGGACGUUACGGGCACCCUGGGAGUUACCACUGCCGGUCAAGGAGGACCUCAAGUAUGGUAGCGUCGCGGCAACUGGCCGAGAUCUGAGCACUGGCAAUGGGCAAGCACCUACCGAUCAUUACGAAUCGCUCGACUACUACCAGCAUCAACAUCAACACCAGCAGCAGCAGCAGCAACACCAACAACAAAAGCGAACUCUCUCCCGUCCACACAUCGUUUUCGUAUGACUCUAGACCGGCCGACGUCACCGGGGCUACUGCACUGGACGACGAAGUACCAGCAGCGUAACGCCCCUGCUGGAGUUCGAAAGUGCCGUCUGAAGUUCCCCAGCCGAUCGAAAAUCCGGAAAUACAUGGUAAGUCUAAUCGCGACGUGAAGCAACCCUCAAACCGAGCAUUGGUACGCCGAUCUUCACACGAGAUAUACAUCAUCAUUAUCAGCAUCAUCAUCAGCAAAACAAAAAGCGUAACAGGGCGGAACAGAAUCGAACAUUCAGCUAGCGCGGAACUCACCUUUUAGCGGACGCAACCAAAGAUAUACGUACAAGUGGAUUAUGCUUUUUGGCAGACAAGAUAGCAACAAAAAAAGAAUUGAAAUAAAAUAACGCUUAAGGAAGCUGCUGUUCAGGGUUCAUGAGCCCGAGAAACGAUGGAUUGCAUUCUGAUGCAAGAAGAAGACAAAGAAGCGUUAGAGAGAGAAAAAAAAUAGGAAACCAAAAAAAGGAUAAUCUUCCACGGCGAGACACAACCGAAAUUGCACAUAGACGUACAGGUUUAGAUGAAAAUAAAAAUAUGAAUGAACGCCUUCUCCUUCCGGGGGUGGAUCGGAACGGAACGGUCGGACAGAAAUGAACAAAUGAAGAUUGAAGUGCGGUGACAGGUGACGUCAGAAAACGAUGAUGGCCGGUGAUGAGAACAGUAAUGGUAAUGGUGUGGCAGUAUGCAAGCAACAACCCGCCAUCCAAAAAAAAACAAACCAGGCGUUAGCGCUUAACGCAGCGUAGGCUAUGCAGCAGAAGGAAAACAAAACAAAAAAUGUAUAAAUUUAAUGUAGCGAUGAUACAAUGGCGGCAAGCUGCACAGCAGAAGUGUUUGCAAGCGAAGCAAAAACAGAAACAUUAUAUUAAUGAUUACAGCUAAAAUGGAAGAGGAACAACAGGAAGACGGGCAAUGGAACUUUUUUGAUGAAAAUAUGAUCAUUUUUCGUACCCGUAAGGAAGACGAUUUUGAUAAGAAAAAAGUAUUCCUCCGCAAAACAACCUCUUUAGGAAUGAAAAAAAGCGGUUUAUAUGUAGUAGUGGAUUAUGUUUUCGGGUUCAAAAGAAACACAUUUAUUGUUUUGUUUCUCUUUUCCUUUCCUAAAACCAUUACACUUUGUGAAUAGCGUGAUAAGCGAUGAGACGAAAAUUUAAAUAUCAACGCUUCGAUGUAAACAUACACACACUUGCUGGUACGUGAUACGCUGGGUGAAACGUGAAUAAGAUAAAAAUAGUAUAAGAAUGUAAAAUAUAUCUACUUAGAAAUGGAGGAACAGAAAACAAUUUAUUUUACUACCUAAUUGCAAUCCUGCAAUCACCCAUUAACACGAUGUUUUGUGCAAACGCAAUUGUUUUACACGGAGUGAUACAUACAACCACACCACAUGUAAGAAAAAUGUAUGAAGGGAUAGAAAGCGGAAAAACACACAAGCAAGCACCCACAAACCACACAAAAACACACAAAUGAAGUGUAGAAUAGUAUGGAAAAGACGCGCUAACGAGUAUCGUGAGAAUUGACAAAAAGCAAUAAACGUUUUACAAACCAAAAAAUAAAACGCUAGUACGGUGAAGAAAGUUUAACAGAACAAAACAAAAAAGGGAGGCAAAUAAGAGAAAAAAAACCUAACAAAACAUGUGAAUCUAAAAAAUAGAGCUAUAGAAUGACAGAUGUGUUACGUAGCAUAGAAAGAAAAACAAAAAACAAACGAAGUGAACAGAAAAACAAGAGAAAAAAAACAAAACAACAACACAACCUAUAUAAAAAGCUGAAACUA